AAAAGGAAUCAUCAUCAUCCUCGUCAUCAUUAAUAGCUAAAAAUAAGACUCUCUCUCUCUCUCUCUCUCUCUCUCUCUCUCUCUUGGUCUUUCUCUCUCACUAACUUUCUCUUCAUCUUCCAUUCUCACUCACGCACUCUACACGUACUUUUCAUCCUCAUCUCUGUGUUUCUCAUCAAGUCACUUUCACCAUCACUCAAACAUUUUUGGGUUUCCAUUCAUUUUUCAAUUCUAAUCCUUAAUCUUAAUGUAAUUUCUGUCUCCAAGUUUUACAUUUUUAUACAAACUGAUUAACUUAAUCAUCAUCGGAAGAUUCAACUGAUUCAAUUAGUGUUUGUAACAAUUUAAAUCUAAAUUUCACAAUCAAACAGUUUCAACGGUUUUCAUUGUAACCAUUUUGAUUUUUUUGCUUCCAUCAAACUUGAUACAAUUUAAUUGUUCUUGUUAUCAACUCAACUAAUUCCUGAAUAAUCAUCAAUUAAAGACAUUUCAGUUUUGUGAUUACAAUUUACAUAAAGAGCAAAAAUAAAUCAGCUGAUUGUUUAAUUGUUUCCAAUAUCAGUUGUUGUUGUUUUUUGUUUAUAUUUGUUUUUUUUGUGUCUCUCAUUCAAAAAUGGAUUUUGUUUACCAAACAAUAUUAAUUGUUACCAUUGUUUUGAUCAGUUUUUCAGAUCUUGGAUACUCUCAGAACUAUGAUUGUGCAGCUCAAAUACGUACAGUUGAACAAAGAUGCAAAGAGGAAGCAUUUGGUUGGAUCAACUAUUCAGGUAUUGGGAAGGAGUGUUGUCGUAAUAUCGCCUUGGAUCGAUGUAUGAGACAACGGGUUCCAAGAGAAUGUCAAACAUUGGCAGCUAAUUGGUUAUCUCCUGAGCUUAGAAAUUGGAUUUUCACUGCUUGUUCCAAUUUCAAUGAACGUCGUUGCGAAGAGCUUCUUUUCCACUGUAAUCGUCAACGAGAGGAAAGGAUUGCUGAUUGUACCAGAAUUGGAAAGAAAACUUGGUCUAGUGACAAUUUAAAGGAUCGAUGUUGUUUAAGUCAUAAUGUGGAAAAAUGUUUAAAAGGUCGUAACAUUGAUGAAUGUUAUGAUAAUUCAUAUUCUUUGGCUACAUAUUUAGCUCAAGGGCGAGAUUACAGAUUGAGACAAAGCUGCGAUGAAUUUGCUGACAUUUCCGCUUGCGAAGAAAAUACCUGGACAAUUGUUUUACUUGGAAUUUUGGUCCUUGUUCUGGCAAUUGUUUUAAUUGUUCUCUGCAUUUUCCUGGUUAUGUAUUGUCUUAAAAAACGACGAAGCAAAUAGGACAACAAGGCAACAAGAUGAUUACCUUUUUCUAUCCAAAAUUCAUAAUCUCUCUCUUGCUCUCUCUCUCUCUAAUUUCGACAACUAUUGAUAUAAAAUUUGAAUGUAACGGCAACAAUCAAAUGGGUCAAUCGAUGGUUUAACAAUCAAACUGGACAUAAUCACCCGUUAAUAUAAUAUUGUAAUAUUAUUGUAAUACAACCAAAGCUUAAACCAUCAACUACGAAUUCAUUUACUAUCAAUCCUUUUUAUCCUAAUCUACUUCUUACUUUUUUUCCUCUUUCAUCAUACCUUUUCUUUUUCGUUGAGAUUACCAACAAAAUGAUCAUAACUAAAUACCAUUAAUUGUUAUCCUUUUAACUCCAAUUAUCAUGAGAAAAAAAAAAUGUAAAGAAAAAUUUAUCUUUUGAUUAUUAAAAAUGAUCCAAAAGAUUUUCAAUCA